AGGAUCACAACUGUUUCUGUGGUUUAUCACACUAAAAGUAUAUAAUUCCUAAAACCUUCUGUUUCUAGAAACAUACAUGCACACACAUAUGUAUAUAUUUCUUGCGUAUAUUUUUCCUUCCAGGUUGUUAUUUAAAUGUGUAUCCCUUGUUCAAAGCUCAAUUAGCAUUACUGUAAAAGUGUCCACCAAUGCUUUAUCUCUUGUGUGGCUUUCGGGCAGUUGUCUCCCCAAGAAGGCAAAGUAAUAGGAGAGGUAAUGCAACCUUACCUUGCCCACUGUUAGAUAUGGGCAGCUUUAGUUUUGUUUUUUAUUUUUAUUUUUUUAUCCAUUUUCAUCCCACAAAAAUGUUAAGAUGCAGUGAGAACACUUGGUGGCGCUGCAGGAUAAGAAAGUAAAGUAGAAGGCAGCUGUGGCUCCAUUAACAGGCAAGGGAAAAGAAAAAAAAAGGAAAAGGAAAAACCUCCGGAAGUCUGGAAGCCUAGAGAAGCUCUGGACAUCUAAGAGAGGAGGUCUGCACCCUCGGGAAAGGACUGGAAUAAAUCUCAGGUAUCUAAUGAGAUAACUACUGUACCAGAUACCAGGGGGAUUUACAGUUCUACUGAAACAUCCUCCAGGACUCUGCACCACAGCAAACAAUGGAGGCCAGCAGGAAGCUCACUUGCAGACAAAGGCAAGUCCUUUUUUCCUUUUUCCUAUUAGGGUUAUAUCUGGUAAGUGCAGAGGAACUGAGGCGCUAUUCUGUGGUGGAGGAAAGGGAGGGUAGGUCCUUUGUAACCAAUUUAGUAAAUGACCUAGGUCUUGGGCAGCUGGAGCUGCCCAGGCGAGGGGCUAAGGUCAUUUCCAAAGGGAACAAACUACAUUUACAGCUGGAUCAGGAGACAGGGGAUUUGUUGUUAACUGAGAAAGUGGAUCGGGAGGAACUGUGUGGACACACAGAGCCAUGCCUGCUACGUUUCCAGGUGUUGCUGCACAAUCCCUUAGAUAUUUUUCAAGCGGAUCUACAAAUAACAGACAUAAAUGACCACUCUCCAGCAUUCCUAGACAAGGAAAUCAGGCUAAAAAUAUCAGAAAGCAGUCUUCCUGGGACUACGUUUCCUCUGAAGAAUGCCCAGGACAUGGAUGUGGGCCAAAAUGGUAUUGACAGCUAUCUUGUCAGCCCCAAUUCCUAUUUUCACGUACUCACUCGAAAACGCAGUGAUGGCAAGAAAUACCCUGAGCUGGUUCUAGAUAGAGCGCUGGAUAGAGAGGAAGAAGCUGAGCUCGGGUUAAUCCUCACAGCACAGGAUGGUGGUUCUCCACCCAGGUCUGGCACCACCAAGGUCCACAUUGAAGUCCUGGACUUCAAUGACAAUGCCCCCCAAUUUGAGCAGCUUUUUUAUAGGGUACAGAUCCCUGAGGACAGUCCAAUAGGCUUUCUGAUCAUCACCGUUUCAGCUACAGAUAAGGACAUAGGAGUCAAUGGACAGAUCUCCUAUUCACUUUUCCAGGCUUCAGAUGAUAUUAGCAAAACCUUUUCUAUUCACCCCUUGACGGGGGAAGUGCGGUUGAAAGAACAACUUGAUUUUGAAAAGACUCAGUCCUAUGAAGUCAAUAUUGAGGCCAGAGAUGCUGGAACCUUUUCUGGAAAAUGCACAAUUCUGACCCAAGUCAUGGACGUGAAUGACCAUGCUCCAGAGAUUAUCCUGUCUGCAUUUACUAACCCCAUCCCGGAGAAUUUACCAGAAACUAUGGUCGCAGUUUUUAGUGUGUCUGAUCUAGAUUCCGGAGAAAACGGAAUACUAAGUUGUUCCAUUCAAGACGAUCUACCCUUCUUCCUAAGGCCUUCUGGGGAAAACUUUUACACACUAUUAACACAAAAACCACUGGACAGAGAGACAACAGCAGAGUACAACAUCACCAUCACCGUUGCAGACAUGGGGAGUCCGAUGCUGAGAACACAAGUCAACAUAACAGUGCAGAUCUCCGAUGUCAACGACAACGCCCCCAACUUCACACAAACCUCCUACACCCUGUUUGUCCAGGAGAACAACAGCCCCGCCCUGCACAUAGGCACCAUCAGCGCCACAGACUCAGACUCAGGCUCCAAUGCCCACAUCACCUACUCGCUGCUGCCCACCCACGACCCGCAGCUUGCCUCAAUUAUCUCUAUCAACGCAGACAACGGGCAGCUGUUUGCUCUCAGAGCUCUGGACUAUGAGACCCUGCAGACCUUUGAGUUCCACGUGGAAGCCACAGACCAAGGCUUGCCAGCACUCAGCAGCCAGGUGCUGGUGCACGUGCUCGUGCUGGAUGCCAAUGAUAAUGCGCCCUUCGUGCUCUACCCUCUGCAGAACGCCUCUGCACCUUGCACUGAGCUGCUGCCCAGGGCAGCAGAGCCAGGCUACCUGGUCACCAAGGUGGUGGCUGUUGACCGCGACUCUGGCCAGAAUGCCUGGCUGUCAUUCCAGCUGCUCAAGGCCACAGAGCCAGGACUGUUCACCAUGUGGGCUCACAACGGUGAGGUGCGCACUGCCAGGCUGCUGAGUGAGCGCGAUGCUCCCAAGCACAGGCUGCUGCUAAUGGUCAAGGACAAUGGCAAUCCUCAGAGGUCUGCCAGUGUCACUCUGCAUGUGCUGGUGGUGGAUGGCUUCUCUCAGCCCUACCUGCCUCUGCCUGAGGUGGCACGCGACCCCACACUGGAGGAAGACUCGCUCACGCUAUACCUGGUCAUUGCCUUGGCAUCUGUGUCUUCGCUCUUCCUCUUGUCUGUGCUGCUGUUCGUGGGGGUGAGGCUGUGCAGGAGGACCAGGGGGUCCUCUAUGGAUGGCUGCUCUGUGCCCGCAGGUCACUUUCCUGGCCACUUGGUGGAUGUCGGUGGAAUGGGUACCCUGUCCCAGAGCUACCAGUAUGAAGUGUGUCUUACAGGGGACUCUGGGACUGGUGAGUUCAAAUUCCUGAGACCAACUUUACCUAAUUUCCAAGGCCAUCCUCUUGGACCAGAAAUGGAGGAAAAUUCCAACAGUAGAAAUGACUGGGGUUUCAGCAUUCAUUUAAAAUAA